AUGACAACGCCGCCGCCGACCACCUCCGCCACCGCCACGAAAACCAUCGUUGACGCGAGACUGGUGAUUCACUCGCAGCUUCUCAAUCCAAUUACUGAAGUAAAGGGUCAAGUGAAUUCUGUCAUGUCAGGAAACAAGGCUGUGGUUGGGCUUUCAUGGGAACCUAAUUUGGCUGUGUUUUCAUCCACCGGAAAGGAAAGAUGCCCUGAAACUGAAAUCAGUGCUCUGUACAAACCCAAUUCUGAGCUCGUCGAUGGUCUUUUUCUUCCUCCCAAUGACCCCAAAAAGUUAAACAAACUGAUCAAGAAACAAGUCAAGGACACUGCUGGAAAAAAAUGGUUUGAUAUGCCUGCUCAAACCAUGACACCGGGGUUGAAAAAAGAUCUACAGCUUCUGAAGUUGAGGGGUGCCCUAGAUCCGAAGAGGCACUAUAAGAAGGGUGAUUCUAAAUCCAAGACACUGCCCAAGUAUUUCCAGGCAAAGUCUGCAACGGAGUUCUUCACUGGCAGACUUACUAAAAAGGAGAGAAAGGCAACCCUUGCUGAUGAGUUGCUUGCUGACAGUACCCUUGGUGAUUAUAGAAAACGCAAGGUUCGAGAGAUUGAAGAGGCAAACCGGCCUGCUGGGGUGGACAAGUGGAAGAAAAGCAAGUCAAAGAAGCAUGCAAAGGGCAGGAAAAAGGUGUAAGCAGCUAAAAUAGGUGCACACUCAAUUAACCAUUUUCCGAGGUUGGAUAUAUACCCUUUUGUUUAGCAUGAGGUUAAGAGAGGUUAUGUUGGUUUACUCUGUUUAUGAGUCUGUCUGGUGAAUUGGGAUUAUACCCAUCUGUUUUCGGAUGAGAACAUGAUGUUCUUGUUGUAGUUCUGUUAUUCACUAUAACCAUUUUGUUAUUGGUAUAUUAUUUAUUUAUGCAAUGGAUACGGAUGGACUAAAUAUCAGAUAUUUCCUUUGUUAUCCUCUGUAUUUCUUGUUAAAUCAUACAAGAUAUGAAUGUUAUGCAGCUGAUGAUAGUGUUCCCAUUUAUGUCUUGAUUGAUUUGUUGCCAUGAAAAGCAGCACCACCACCACAAAAGGAUGUUAGCUACACCACAAAGAGACUUGCUAAAUUUUGAUUCUUUCGUUACAACAUUUGUAAAACCGUUGACAG